CUUCUAGCCGAUUAGUGAGCAGUCAUGCAGACCCAUCUUUCAGCUCAAUUUCUUUCGGCCCCAGUGGAGCUGCAUCGCCCAAGGCUUUCCGGGGGGUCCGCAGAUCGCCUGGUGUUCUCGAAGAAUAUAAGGGAAUUGGGCAUUUCGCUUUUGCACCAUUUUCCUUCCUCUUUUCUCGCGACUUGAUCUGCCUCUUUCCUCCCCCCUUUACUGGUCAGGUUCCUCCCUGUCCGCACUCCCCUGUCGAUCAUGAAGCUGUCUCUUGCUGUCGCGGCAGCGGCUGGCGUCGUCCAGGCCGCCUCGCUGCCUCCUGCGGCGGUCGAGGUGGCUGUUCGGGCGCUUCCCAAUGCCCCCGAGGGCUACACCCCCGACAACGUGACCUGCCCGUCCACCCGCCCCAGCAUCCGUGAUGCCGACAAUCUCUCCACCAACGAGACCGAAUGGCUCCAGGUGCGCCGCAAUGUCACCCUGCAGCCCAUGAAGGACUUUUUGGGGCGGUUGAACCUCAGCGGCUUUGACGUCGCCUCCUAUCUCAACACCCACGCGAGCAACAUCUCCAACAUCCCCAACAUUGCCGUCGCCGCCUCGGGGGGUGGCUACCGGGCGCUGACGAACGGCGCGGGUGGCCUGAAGGCCUUCGACAGCCGCACGGAGAACUCCACCAACACCGGUCAGCUGGGUGGUCUGCUGCAGUCUGCUACCUAUGUGGCUGGUCUGAGCGGUGGUAGCUGGCUGGUCGGGUCGAUGUUCGUCAACAACUUCUCCUCCAUCAGCGAAUUGCAGGCCAGCGACCGGGUCUGGGGUUUCUCCAAGUCUCUGCUCGAGGGCCCUAACUAUGACACCAUUCAAGUCCUGAGCACCUACGAGUAUUGGAAGACCAUCACCGACCAGGUGGACGGGAAGUCGGGGGCCGGUUUCAACACCUCCUUCUCGGAUUACUGGGGUCGUGCCCUUUCCUUCCAGCUGGUCAAUUCCUCCCAGGAUGAUGGCGGUGCUGACUACACCUGGUCCUCCAUCUCCCUGAUGGACGACUUCAAGAACGGCCAGUACCCCAUGCCCAUUGUCGUCAUGGAUGGCCGUAACCCCGGCGAGGUCAUUGUUGAGAGCAAUGCGACGGUCUACGAGGUCAACCCGUGGGAGUUCGGCUCUUGGGAUCCGUCUGUCUAUGCCUUCGCUCCGUUGCAGUACCUCGGUUCGAGGUUCGAGAACGGCAGCGUGUCGGAGAACGGCACCUGCGUGCGUGGCUUUGACAAUGCCGGUUUCAUCAUGGGCUCCUCCUCCACUCUCUUCAACCAGUUCCUGCUGCAGAUCAACAGUACCGACAUCCCCACGAUUUUCAAGAAUGCCUUGACCGACAUCCUGGAAGACCUGGGUGAGCGGGGUGACGACAUUGCCGUGUACUCCCCCAACCCCUUCUACGGCUACCGUGAGGCUAGCGAAGAUUAUGCCACCGCUGCCACCUUGGAUGUUGUCGAUGGUGGUGAGGAUCUUGAGAACAUCCCAUUGCACCCGCUCAUCCAGCCCGAACGUCACGUGGAUGUGAUUUUUGCUAUCGAUUCUUCUGCUGACACCGACACUUACUGGCCCAAUGGAACCUCGCUGGUGGCCACCUACCAGCGCAGCUUGAACAGCUCCGGUAUUGCCAACGGCACCGUCUUCCCUCCCGUCCCGGAUGUGAACACCUUCGUCAACCUGGGCCUGAACAAGCGCCCGACCUUCUUUGGCUGUGACCCGAAGAAUCUCUCCGGUCCUGCUCCGCUCGUCGUGUACUUGGCUAACUCGCCCUACACCUACGAGUCGAACUUCUCCACCUUCAAGCUGACUUACUCGGACGAGGAGCGCGACAACGUCAUCACCAACGGCUACAACGUGGUCACCCGCGGUAACGGGACCCUCGACUCGAACUGGACCUCUUGUGUUGCCUGCGCCAUCCUGCAGCGCUCGACCUACCGCACCAACACCACCCUGCCGGACAUCUGCACCACCUGCUUCAACGACUACUGCUGGAACGGCACGACCAACAGCACCGUGCCGACGGAGUACGAGCCCACCCUCUACCUGACGACCAGCGGCUCGAGUAAGAGUAUGCUGCACCGCUCAGCGGCCGGUUUGGCCUUUGCGGUGACUAUGUUUUUGGCUUAUUAGAUGGGAGUGAUUUUUGAGAUGGAGACUUCAUGUACAAACGUUGAUAGUUAUGGAUAUCUGUUGAUAGUAAUGGAUCGAUGAA